GUGGAACUAUCAUAAAGUGAAAUGUCGCGUGAGUACUCGUGUUGACAAACGUAUUUUACGAGAAGAAUAUAAUGGACGAUUCACAGGCAUCUACGUCUGGCAGGUCGAGGCGUCAGAAGAUUGAUAAGACUGGCAGGCUCUCGGCUCUGGAAAGAUUGAAGGAAGCUCGAAGUGGUAGCAAGCGCAAGUACGAGGUUGAAGAGCUAGAUAAUGUUUAUGAUGAAGUAGAUGAGAAGGAAUACAGUAAUACUGUUUUAAAACGCCAACGAGAUGAUUGGAUAGUUGAUGAUGGAGAAAGCGGGUAUGUCGAAGAUGGAAGAGAAAUUUUUGAUGAUGAUCUGGACGAAGAAAGCAUCCGGGAAGCGAGAAAACAGAGGAAUAGCAUGGCUGGCCCUAGAAAAAGAAAGAAGGAAGAGAAUAAGAAGAAAGGAGAUAUUCAAAGUAUGCUUAGGAGUAUGCCUUCUAAGAAAGAUGUUAAUGUAGUUCAGAUUAAAGAUGAUGAUAUUUUGGGAGAAUUGCUCAGUGAGAUUUCUACCAAUAAAAAGACUACAAGUAGUCCUAAACCAGGAAGUAACAGAAAUAAAUUUUGUCAUACAGUUCAUUCUAACAUUACACAAACAUAUCAGGCCUCAUUUAUGAACCAAAAAGAAGCUGAUAAAAUAAUAUCUGAAAAACCAGUGACAAUCGUGUCAAAUUUUGAUAAUACUGCACAAAGUGAAAGUCAGAUAAUUGAGGAUGAUGAUGAUGUGACAUUAUUUGAUGCGCCACAGAAGAGAACAAGUAAACCAGUAGAAUUAAAUAAUUGUUCAAAAAUUGAAAAAAAUUCAAAGCCAGAAGAUCAAAGCACAAAAAAACCAAUGGAAUCUAAUGAGCAAAGUGCAAGUCAGAUUAUUGAGGAAGAAAAUACCCCUAUAGUGGAUCUUAGUGAAUGUGUUGGAGAUCUGUCCACAAUAGAUUUUGAUGAUGGAAGUAUGGAUACUGACUUUUCAUCGUCAAUAAAUAACGUUAAAUCUCAAAAAAUGGAUGUAAAGACUCCUGAAAUAGGUGUAAAGACUCCUGCUCAUAAAACUUCUGUCAAAAGUAUGAAAAUCGGUAAUGCCGUUGACUUAAUAGAAGUAGCGCCACAACUAGUCAAGACAAAAGAUGAGGAAGAAGUAUUUAGGUUCUACUAUCUGGAUGCAUAUGAAAAUCCUUACAAAAAUCCUGGAACUGUGUAUCUCUUCGGCAAGACUUAUGUAUCUAGUCAUGAUACAUACUGCUCAUGUUGUGUUAUGGUGCACUGUAUACCAAGAAGAAUAUAUCUCUUGCCUAGAAAAUAUAUAAAAAACACUGAAUCGCAAUUAACUACCAUAGAAGAUGUAUAUAAAGAGUUUGAUGAGUACGCCAAUAAGAUGCGUAUAAUGGAGUUCAAUUGCAAAGAAGUAAAGAAGCAUUAUUCCUUUGAAAAAGAGGGUACACCGAAAACUUCAGACUACUUGGAAGUCAGAUAUAAUGCACGCUAUCCAGCAAUUGAUUCGAAUUACUCGGGUCCGGCGAUAGAACGCGUCUUUGGCACAACCGUGAAUGCAUUAGAGCUAUUGCUUAUAGAACGAAAAAUUAAGGGACCUUGCUGGUUAGACAUUAAGAAUAUAUCGCCCACUGCAGGGCGAUUUGCUUGGUGCCCACAGAUUGUUGUUACUUCAGACAUGGACAAUAUAUCGCUGUGUUCCCAAGAGAAAGCUAAACCUCCAAUAGUGAUAGCGACUAUAAAUGUCAGGAUGUCUUUGAACGCAAAGUUGCAGAACGAAGUAGUGAUGGUUGUUGUAUUAAUUCAUCAUAAAUACAAUGUCGAUAAGGAACCACCAAAACCACCUUAUGAACGUCAAUUUUGUUUUGUCACACGUCCACGAGAUACCCCCUGGCCACGGCAAAUUCGUGAUGCCUUCCUGAAAGUUCCGAAUACCGAAGUAAUAAAAUGUGAAACUGAAAGCGAUUUACUCGAAGAGCUAUUAACUUUAAUGCAGAAAGUGGAUCCUGAUUUAAUAAUAGGCUACGACUGUGCAUUUCAGUUCGAUGUUUUAAUGCAGAGAAUGUUUACAUUAAAAGUGUCUAAUUGGAACAGAAUGGGAAGAUUAAAAUCAUCGACUCCUCCCUUACUUAGGGGAAAAAUAAUCCUUAAUCAAGCGUUUGUCGGUCGUCCAGUUUGUGAUAUACAAGUUUCGGCAAAAGAAUUGAAUUUAAAAGUCAGGAGUUACGAUCUGCAAUCACUUUGUAGUGCAGUAUUAAAGACGAAGGAACACGAAUAUAAAGAGAUUACGCCAGCGGAAACUCCAUUAUUUUUCAAUACAGCGGAUAAAGUGUUAAAUUUAAUGCAUGUGACAUUAAAAGAAGCAAAAUACAUUAUAACCAUAGUGAUGGAUCUCAAUGUUAUACCGCUCGCACUUCAAAUUACUUGUUUAGCAGGUAAUAUUUUAUCGAGGACGCUAUUAGGCGGAAGAGCGGAAAGGAACGAGUAUCUGUUGCUGCAUUCUUUUAAUUUGAAAGAUUACAUAACGCCGGAUAAAAAAAUUGAAAAGAAGCAAAAGGAUGAUGGUCCGCGUAGGAAAGCUGCGGCGUACACUGGAGGUCUAGUACUUGAUCCGAAGAAAGGUUUCUACGAUAAACUGGUACUUCUGAUGGACUUCAAUUCCCUAUAUCCGAGUAUUAUACAGGAAUACAAUUUGUGUUUUACCACCGUACCCGGUGCGGCGUAUACUGACGUCGAGCAAUUAACUAUUCCUGAGUCGAAUCUGGAGCCAGGUGUGGUUCCGACAGAGAUUCACAAAUUAGUCAAAAGCAGGCAGCAGAUCAAACAGCUUAUGAAAACGCAAAAGAAUUUAUCACCAGCGCAGAAAAUGGAUUAUCAUAUCAGGCAAAUGGCAUUGAAGCUCACGGCUAAUUCCAUGUAUGGAUGUUUGGGAGCGACACAUUGUCGAUUUUAUGCUAAAGGCCUCGCCGCUCUGAUAACAGCCAAGGGUCGGGAGAUUCUGGAGGAUACGAAGCACUUAGUUGAGAAACUGCAGUACGAAGUAAUUUAUGGCGACACCGAUUCUUUAAUGAUAAACACUAAUAUUUUGGAAUACGACGACGUUUUUUUGAUCGGCAAAAAAAUUAUGCGCGAAGUCAACAAUCGAUAUAAGAAAGUUGAAUUAGAUAUCGACGGAGUAUUCCGAUAUCUAUUGCUAUUACAAAAGAAGAAAUACGCCGCCGUUAUGAUGUCAAAAAUAGAUGGUCAAAUACAAUUGACGCAGGAACACAAGGGUUUGGAUAUCGUCAGAAGAGAUUGGUGUCCAUUGGCUUGCGACACUGGAAAAAAAAUUUUGGAUAUACUUCUCUGUGAUCAGUCAAGCGAAACGCGUUUGGAACAAGUCGUGCAGAUUUUGCAAAAUAUUGCAAAAAGUGUAAAGGAAGGAACGGCGCCACUGUCAUCAUUUGUUAUCACUAAACAAUUGUCGAAAAAUCCAGAUGCGUAUCCAGAUAAAAAGCAAUUAUCUCAUGUUAUGGUAGCACUUAGACUAAACAAAGCGGGUGGUCGGAUGUGGAAAGCCGGUGACACCCUGCCAUACGUUAUAUGCGAGGAUGGAACCAAUGCGAGUGCGACGGAACGGGCGUAUCACAUUGACGAAGUAAAGAAUAGUGAGAAAUUAAAGGUGGAUGUCAAUUACUAUCUGCUGAGUCAAAUAUUCCCUGUAGUGUUACGUAUUUGUGAGCCAAUCGAGGGUAUCGACGAUGUUUUCUUAGCCAACAAUUUAGGUUUACAAUUUAUUUAUAAACCUAAGACGAUAUCUUGCGAGGCAACUCUAAACUUACCGCUAGCUAUUAAUGAUGACAGGUUCAACAAUUGUCUUCCUUUGACAUUUAAAUGCAAAAAUGAACGAUGUAAUACGGAAAUAAUUAUUAAGGAUACUGUUACAGAAUUUCAUUCUGGUCGACAGUUAUCACUUAGCAUGUGCCCUAAUCAAGACUGUAAAUUACCACCUUGGAAAUACGCAAAUGUGAUACAAAAUGUAAUUCAACUUGCCAUGAGAAAAGCAAUUAGCAAGUACUACAAUGGUUGGUUGGAAUGCGAAAAUCCACUUUGUUCCAACAGAACAAGACGACUACCGUUGGAUUUCGCGAAGAAAUUUCCAGAUUGUUCAAUGUGCAAGGACGUUUCUAUGAAUCGAGUUUAUUCUGGAACAGAUCUGUACAAUCAAUUGUACUAUUAUCAUAAAAUGUUCGACAUUACUCAACCGGCUUACAAACAUCUAUUGUCUCAAUGUUCACGGGAUAUGAUAGCCGCAUACAACACACUAAAAGAAGCAAUUGACAGGCAAUUGAAACGAAAUAAAUUUUCAUGUGUAAAUAUCACAGGAAUAUUCAGCAGUGCCAAUACUAAUUCUGUAGGAAUGUUUGUCAAUCAUGGUACGUGGGAGGAUUUUGACGAACUGGGGGAUAUAUCCGACGACACAGAUAAAGAAAUUUAAAGAAGAAACGUAUCGA